AUGAUGGAAAUACAGAAAGUAGAAGUAACAAAACAGAACCUUGACUACCUGAAUUCAGACCUUGAAAAGGACCUGCAGAGACUGGAUAAGGCAAAACAGUUUCUUCUCAGAAAAAUUCUAGAGAAAGAAGAAACUAUUCAAAGUCUGGAAAGAGAGAUCACCCUGUUACUAGGAGGAACCAAAGAGAGGGAGGAGUUGAACCAUUUCAUAUUUGAGAAGGAAGAAGGCCUGAGGGACCUGGAAUUAGAGACAGCAAAGCUGGAAAAAAGUAACAAGAUUCUAAGCAGGAACGUGGUGGAGCUUUGGAAGAAGGUUUCACGGAGAUUUAAGAAUAUUGGCCUUGAUAAAAGAACCCCAAAGCAGAAAUUAGCAGAACUAAAAAUGAAACUACAAAAAUCAAGAGAGUCCUGUGCAAAGCAAGAGAAGGAACUGGUCAAGAUAGAGAGCAACUACCAAUCUGUGUAUCAGCUCUGUAAGGACCAAGCCCACUACAUAAAGAAAUACCAGGUCCUGAGGCAAAUGGAAAAGAAAAAGGAGGUGCUGCUUCUUGAAAAAGAAGUAUUCAAAGCCCAGAACAACUCCUCCCAUGUAGUGAAACGUGGGUCAAUUCAAAACGUUCAAAACAACACGGAGAAGACCAUUGUUAAGAAACAGAAGAGAAUUUUUUCGUACAGGCAUUUCCGGUGUCUUGUCUUCAUGGUCAUGAUGUUCAUUAGGCUGCUGAGUUAUGUGCUUUUCUACCUGCAGUACAUAAACCCAGACCUUCUUGUGAAUGCCCUUCCCAUGAUAAUGAGCAGGGACACAUUGAAGAGGCUGAGGGACAUCUUAUUUCCCCUCCUCACUCUAGAGGUGGAAGAAGUUCUACCACACUAG